AAUCGGCAAGCGCGGAGCGCCAUUCGCCAUUUUAUUUUGUACCUCGUCACAGCGUCAGUUGAGUUGUAUCUUGUAGAUUGUUGUAGAUAUUUUGAUUUUAUUAUUAAAAUCAUAUAAUCUAUUGAAACCAGCAUGUAUGACACUGAAGAUGAUCAAUAUGAGGAAGAAGAUGUGGAAGAAAUAUCAUCGGAACUAUGGCAAGAAGCUUGUUGGAUCGUCAUCAAUGCAUAUUUUGACGAGAAAGGUUUAGUAAGACAACAGUUAGAUAGUUUUGAUGAAUUUAUUCAGAUGUCCGUGCAACGUAUAGUUGAAGAUUCUCCACCUAUUGAACUUCAAGCAGAAGCACAACAUUCAUCUGGUGAAAUCGAAGUACCUCCCAAGUAUCAUUUAAAGUUCGAUCAGAUUUACCUUUCAAAACCAACCCAUUGGGAAAAAGACGGCGCUCCAUCGCCUAUGAUGCCUAAUGAGGCACGUUUGCGUAAUUUGACUUAUUCUGCUCCUUUGUAUGUUGAUAUCACUAAAACAAUUGUUAAAGAAAAUGAAGAUCCAAUAGAAACCCAGCAUCAAAAAACUUUUAUUGGUAAAAUCCCCAUCAUGUUGAGGUCCACAUACUGUCUGCUGAGUAAUCUUACUGACAGAGAUUUAACUGAACUGAAUGAGUGCCCACUUGACCCUGGUGGUUAUUUUAUUAUUAACGGGUCUGAGAAAGUGUUGAUUGCUCAAGAAAAAAUGGCAACAAAUACUGUAUAUGUAUUCAGCAUGAAAGAUGGUAAAUAUGCUUAUAAAACUGAAAUUCGUUCCUGUCUGGAACACAGCUCAAGACCUACAUCAACUCUUUGGGUUAACAUGAUGGCUCGUGGUGGGCAAAGCAUUAAAAAAUCUGCUAUUGGACAAAGAAUUGUGGCCAUUGUACCCUAUAUUAAACAGGAGAUACCCAUAAUGAUUGUAUUCCGUGCUCUUGGAUUCGUAGCAGAUAGAGAUAUAUUGGAACACAUCAUUUAUGAUUUUGAUGAUCCUGAAAUGAUGGAAAUGGUAAAGCCCUCUUUGGAUGAAGCUUUUGUUAUUCAGGAACAAAAUGUGGCUCUUAAUUUUAUUGGAGCGAGAGGUGCAAGACCUGGUGUAACUAAGGAAAGGCGUAUAAAAUAUGCAAGGGAGAUUUUACAAAAAGAAAUGUUGCCACAUGUUGGUGUGUCUGAUUUUUGUGAAACAAAGAAGGCUUAUUUCUUAGGAUAUAUGGUGCAUAGAUUGCUUCUGGCUGCAUUGGGUCGUCGUGAAUUAGAUGACAGAGAUCACUAUGGAAAUAAAAGACUUGACCUAGCAGGCCCCCUGUUGGCUUUCCUGUUUCGGGGGCUAUUUAAGAAUCUGCUUAAAGAAGUGAGAAUGUAUGCGCAGAAAUUUAUUGACAAAGGAAAAGAUUUCAACCUUGAAUUAGCUAUCAAAACUAAAAUUAUCACUGAUGGUUUGAGAUACUCAUUGGCUACUGGAAAUUGGGGUGAUCAGAAAAAGGCUCAUCAAGCAAGAGCUGGAGUGUCACAAGUAUUGAACCGUUUAACAUUUGCGUCCACACUUUCUCAUUUGCGGCGUGUGAAUUCACCUAUUGGUCGUGAUGGUAAAUUAGCUAAGCCUCGCCAGCUCCAUAACACCUUAUGGGGAAUGAUUUGUCCAGCUGAAACACCCGAAGGUGCUGCUGUUGGACUUGUAAAGAAUUUGGCUUUAAUGGCUUAUAUUUCUGUUGGAAGUCAACCUUCUCCAAUCUUGGAGUUCUUGGAGGAAUGGUCUAUGGAAAAUUUGGAAGAAAUAGCGCCAUCAGCAAUUGCAGAUGCUACAAAAAUAUUUGUAAAUGGUUGUUGGGUCGGAAUUCAUAGAGAUCCUGAACAGUUGAUGGCAACUUUAAGAAAACUGAGACGUCAAAUGGAUAUUAUUGUGUCUGAAGUCAGUAUGAUUCGUGAUAUAAGAGAUAGAGAAAUAAGAAUAUAUACUGAUGCAGGUAGAAUUUGUCGUCCUUUGUUGAUUGUAGAGAAUGGAGCACUACUUCUUAAGAAGAAACACAUAGAUCAAUUAAAAGAAAGGGAUUACAAUAACUAUGGUUGGCAAAACUUAGUAGCUAGUGGUGUUGUUGAAUACAUUGAUACAUUGGAAGAAGAGACUGUUAUGAUAGCAAUGAGUCCUGAUGAUCUUGCUCAAGUAAAAGAAUAUGCCUACUGUACUACAUAUACUCAUUGUGAAAUUCAUCCAGCCAUGAUUUUAGGAGUUUGUGCAUCAAUUAUUCCAUUCCCAGAUCAUAACCAAAGCCCAAGAAAUACUUAUCAAAGUGCUAUGGGUAAACAAGCUAUGGGUGUUUAUAUCACCAACUUCCAUGUAAGAAUGGACACCUUAGCUCAUGUACUGUACUACCCUCAUAAACCGUUAGUAACUACAAGAUCUAUGGAAUAUUUGCGUUUUAGAGAAUUACCUGCUGGAAUUAAUUCUAUUGUUGCUAUCUUAUGUUACACAGGAUACAACCAAGAAGAUAGUGUAAUUUUAAAUGCUUCUGCUGUAGAAAGAGGAUUCUUUAGAUCUGUUUUCUAUCGAUCUUACAAAGAUUCGGAAUCAAAAAGAAUAGGAGAUCAGGAAGAGCAAUUUGAAAAACCAACCAGACAAACUUGUCAGGGAAUGAGAAAUGCUUUGUAUGAUAAGUUGGAUGAUGACGGAAUUAUAGCUCCUGGUAUCAGAGUUUCAGGGGAUGAUGUAGUCAUCGGUAAAACAAUUACUUUACCCGAAAAUGAUGAUGAGUUAGAAGGAACAACUAAACGCUAUUCGAAGCGUGAUGCUUCUACAUUCUUGCGUAAUAGUGAAACUGGUAUUGUUGAUCAAGUAAUGCUAACAUUAAAUAGCGAAGGGUAUAAAUUCUGUAAAAUAAGAGUGCGAUCCGUACGUAUUCCUCAAAUUGGCGACAAGUUUGCUUCUCGUCACGGUCAAAAAGGUACUUGCGGUAUACAGUACAGACAAGAAGAUAUGCCUUUUACUUGCGAAGGUUUAACUCCCGAUAUUAUUAUUAAUCCUCACGCCAUUCCGUCUCGUAUGACAAUUGGUCACUUGAUCGAGUGUAUUCAAGGCAAAGUAUCAUCAAAUAAAGGCGAGAUUGGAGAUGCCACGCCAUUUAACGAUGCUGUAAAUGUGCAAAAAAUUUCUUCACUGUUACAAGAAUAUGGCUAUCAUCUACGUGGUAACGAAGUUAUGUACAACGGUCACACUGGCAGAAAGAUUAAUGCUCAGGUUUUUCUGGGCCCUACAUAUUAUCAGCGUCUUAAGCACAUGGUGGACGAUAAAAUUCACUCAAGAGCCAGGGGACCUGUGCAGAUUUUAGUCCGUCAACCUAUGGAAGGUAGGGCGAGAGAUGGAGGUCUUCGUUUCGGUGAAAUGGAACGUGAUUGUCAAAUCGCUCAUGGCGCUGCACAAUUUCUAAGAGAGCGUCUAUUCGAAGUAUCCGAUCCAUACAGAAUUCAUGUUUGCAAUUUUUGUGGUUUGAUUGCAAUAGCUAAUCUUCGAAAUAAUACAUUUGAAUGCAAAGGAUGCAAAAACAAAACUCAGAUUUCGCAAGUUAGACUUCCUUAUGCAGCUAAACUUUUAUUCCAGGAGUUAAUGUCAAUGAAUAUAGCACCGCGGCUGAUGGUUAUUGCUUAAUGUUAUAGUAGAAUAAGGAAUAAUGUUUUUUAAUUGAGAAAAUAAAGAAAACUUCAUUAACAUU